UGUGACGUUUCAACAAACUGAAACUAGCAGCUCUGUAAGGACGAGACUUUUACAGAUGACCAGCAGGCAGGCGGCUUGCACUGUUAGGUGAUCAUGACCUGCUCCAGACUUCAGAGUUUCCAGAGCAUAAAGGAGUAUCUCUGUCCAAAACAGAACAAGAACCCUGCAAGGUCUGCUGGGUGAAAGAGAGGGACUGACUCAAAAUCCCCCAGCUGGCUUCCGUUUCAUUUUCAUCAUCCCAAAUCGGGAUAUAUAAGCAAAUAUACCAGAGGGUGGCAAUUACCAUGACCAUGAGGAGUUUGUUUUCGAAUCACAGUCAUUACGUUGAAACUUUUCAAGUCUUCCUCCAGAAGUCAACUGAACAUCAGUGUAUGCUGGACUUCAUUCACAAGAAGCUGCCACAAUUAAUUUCCAGCAUCAGUAAUGGAAAAACUGAAAUCAACGUUCUAAGUGUCGGUGGUGGUUCAGGGGAAAUUGACCUUGAGAUUCUUGCAAGAUUACAGUCGGAAUAUCCUGGCGUGGUCAUUCAUACCGAUGUGAUAGAACCAAAUGCAGAACAAAUGAACAGUUACAAAGAACGUGUUGCAAAGGCAUCAGAUUUCAAAAACGUAAAGUUCACUUGGCACAAAGAGACAUCCCUGGAAUAUGAAAAUCGAAUUAUGGACAGCAAAGAGAUGAGGAAAUGGAAUUUCAUCCACAUGAUCCAGAUGCUGUAUUACGUAAAAGACAUGCCAGCUACCAUUAGAUUCUUUCACAGCCUCUUGGCACCUAGGGCCAAACUCUUCAUUAUUCUUGUCUCAGGACGCAGUGGCUGGGCCAAAUUGUGGAGGAAAUAUGGUCCUCGUUUACCUCCGAAUGAUCUUUGUUUAUAUAUUUGUUCUGCUGAUGUUGAAGAGAUGCUUGAUGGUUCUGGACUGAAGUAUCAGUCUUAUGAUCUUCCAUCACACAUGGACAUUACAGAUUGCUUUUCUGAAGGGAGCAAAACUGGAGAACUUUUGCUUGAUUUUUUGACCGAAACCUGUAAUUUCAGUAAAACUGCCCCUCUUGAUCUAAAAAAUGAACUCAUUGAAGAUCUUAAAAAGCCUGAAUAUAGUGAAAGGAGAGGUGACAAGUAUUUUUUUAAUAACACCCUGAAUGCAAUAAUGAUUGAAUAUUAAAAUGGAGGCACUUAUUUACAAACAUAUCACUAUGAACUUGUUUAAUAUUAUAAUAACUGGGUUGUAUGUGAAACCUGAGACAAACACAGACAGAAACACCCAAGUGGGAUAUAGUAUUUUGUGCCUCGAGUUAUCAUUGUUAAGAGUAUCAAUACCAGUAUGUGUUUGCAGACACCUUAUUAAUAAAUUAAAACUUACUUUAUUGGGAUGCCUAUCAUUAUUCCUAUGUGAAGGUCCUGUGUCGAGAUGAUGAAUCGGAUCUUGAAAAGACAGAAGUCUAUAUUCAUCUGGUUUAUGAAGAAAGUGUGAUUGACAAUCAGUUUGCACUUACAACUUGUUGUAGUGCCCUACAAUCACGUAAUCACCAUGUGUAAACACCAUUUGUAACCUCCACGUAAUCACUAUUUGUAACUUUUCCUGCCAGCUACCCCAGAAAGUCAAUGGAGGAGCCUGCAGGUUGCUGUGGUAAGGCUACCAGUCCCUCUGUGUUUGCAGCAUGUCAGCCACUUUUGAAUGCCAACAGAAGUAUUUUUUGAAAGAUAUUUAUGUUAUUCUUUAAAGCAAAGACAAUGGAUUCUAAUGGCUCUUAUUAUUAAACCCAUCCUCAAGAAGCCAUCCCUGGACCCAGCUGUUUUGGGCAAUUACUGUCCAGUCUCCAACCUUCACUUUGUGGCGAAGGUUGUUGAGAGUGUGGUGGCAUAUCAGUUACCCCAGUACCUGGAUGAAUCUGUCUAUCUAGACCCGUUCCAGUCCGGUUUCCGGCCCGGGUACAGCACGGAGACGGCUUUGGUCGCAUUGGUGGAUGACCUCUGGAGGGCUCGGGACAGGGGUUAUUCCUCUGCCCUGGUCCUGUUAGAUGUCUCAGCGGCUUUUGAUACCAUCGACCAUGGUAUCUUGCUGUGCCGGUUGGAGG